UGCUAGUCGCAAUUUCCUGAAUUCGUCCUGAUCUCUCUCCACAGCCUGCUAUUUUCCUCCGUUCAGCUUCGGACGAAUCGCGCACAAGGGUGAAGCAUCUCCUAACGCCAGCCAUUUGUAUGCGAAAUUCUCAGUGUGGUUAAAUAUUUGGAUAUUCUCUCAUUUACUCCUCAUCAUCCACUAUUGUUAGUCCGCGAGCCCUCAAAACUGGUCCGUAGAGAUGGUUUCUCUUACAGCAGUUCAAACUCACAACGCCACUCUCAAGUCGCUCUCCUCAGGCCUCGUCGCUGUGUUUGUGGGAGGCACAAGUGGCAUUGGUCUCUAUACGGCUCGAGAAUUUGUUCGCAAUACUAAAGCCCCUCAUAUCUACCUCAUCGGUCGCAAUCAAGUCGAGGCUACCCGUAUUAUUGACGAGCUGCACGAGCUGAAUCCCUCUUCCAAACUUAAUUUUAUUAAAAGCGACGUUUCCCUGCUCAGAAAUGUGGACGAAGUAUGCAAAGAGAUCAAAGAGAAGGAGAACAAGGUCAACCUGCUAUUCAUGACAGUGGGGUAUCUCACACUCAAGGGACGGGAUGAGACCGAGGAAGGCUUGGAUCGCAAGUUCUCACUCCACUACUAUGCUCGAAUGCGCUUCGCCCAAAAUCUGACCCCGCUGCUGAAUUCUGCCGCGAACGAUAUGGGUCCCAAUGCGAGACUCGCUAGGGUGGUUUCGGUCCUGGAUCCGCAGCUUGGAUUGAAGCUUGUGCCCAAUUUCUCGGAUCUCUCCCUAAAGAAUAGCUUCUCUCUCAAGAACUGUGGUAUUCACGCGAGCGCAAUGAACAACUUCGCUCUUGAGCAUCUUGGGAACAUGCACUCUAAUAUCUCCUUCAUCCAUGCGUUUCCAUCGGGCGUGAAUACCGGGGCAGCAAGAGGCAUGGGGCAGGUGUGGCUCAACGUGUUGAAAGUAGCUACGGUACUACUGAAGCCAUUCAUGGUCGAUCCUACGGAGAGUGGGGAACGUCAUUUAUUCGCCUCCACGGCACCUCGAUUCGCGCCAAAAGCGAAGGGAGACGGGAUGGAUGAAUUAGCAACUGGGAGUGAUGGAAAAAGUGGAAGCGGAGCUUAUUUCGUAAGUUGGAACGGCGAAGUCUUUGGUGAAAGCAAGAAGAUGGAGAGUAUGAGGAAUAAUGGCGCGAGAGAAAAGAUUUGGGAGCACACAGAAGAGGUGUUUAGGAAGAUAUGCAAAGGGAAGGAUAAAUACUAA